AGGGGCUGGGUACUUGCUCCUCCACUGGUAAACAGGUUGUUUUAUGACAAAUGCACUGGUACAUUGUCCAUGCAGGACCUCCAUACCAGUGUGAACAGUUUUAAUGAGUGUGCAGCAGUUGGCAGGCUCUGAAUUAUAGUCUAUAAAAUGUAAAAAUUGUGAAAAAUCUCCACCAUAAAUUCACAAGUUGUAGUAUUGCUACUUUUACUAUUACUUUAAGUAAAAGGGGGCUGGGUUCUUGCUCCUCCACUGGUAAACAGGUUGUUUUAUAACAAAUGCACUGCUACAUUGUCCAUGCAGGACCUCCAUACUCGUGUGAACAGUUUUUACCUGACUUUUUUCGCCAGCUGGUGAGUGUGCAGCGGUUGGCAGCUCUGACGUUGUGGUGCAGGUCUCACAGUGUUGCACAGGCCGGGCCCAGUGCUGCAGGUUGUCCGGUAGGGUGCCUGCAGAGCUACAAGCAUGCUGUUGAUGUCAGGAGCAGAGGAGGGGAACGUGAGGAAUGGCUGAAAACUGUCGGUGAUCUCCUGCAAGGAAACAAACCAUGAUCGGCCGGUAUUAACUGAACAUUUCCCCGCCACCGGAUCAGCCUGUUAGCGACGCAUUAGCAGGCACCGCUCGGUUUCUUUUUUUUCUUUUCUUUUGGUGGUUAUUUAAUGGGACAACGAAAACGCAAAAAACGCAAGGUAGGCUACCGCUCCUGUCGCCAGCCGUGCUACUUUAUUUUCAUGGACUAAUACGACACGCAGGGGGGUUGAGAAAUGUUUCACAGCGAGGGAAAACACUCGUCUUCGGAGACAACGUUUGCCUGUUAACGUUGAUAUUUCUUGUAUGAAGUGCUCGGAGGUUAUAUUUUGUUUUGCAAAGCGUCGGUUCGGCUUCAUCUCUUCAUGCCUCAACCGACCAACCACAUGAGAAGUCGACGUCCGGAAUAGAUUAAACCACAAAGAAAGGCCUCCUUUCUUUCUUUUAUCGCUUUCACCUGAACCGACGAGGAGGAAAAUGCGUGUGGAUUUGUUUUGGAUAUGUUUGUGGUGUUUCCUUCGUCCUGGUGCCACCGGUCAAGGGCAGUCGACGGCUGUUUGUUCGCCCUCAUGCAGCUGCGAUGAAGAUGGGGGUGCAGACUGCUCCGGGAGAGGGCUGACCACCGUCCCGACCGGGCUCAGUGCUUUCACCUACUACCUUGACCUGAGCAUGAACAACAUCACUGAGCUCCCAGCAUUUGUAUUCAAGAACUUCCCCUACCUGGAAGAACUGCGACUUGCGGGAAAUGACCUGUCAUUCAUCCACCCUGAGGCCCUGUCUGGACUGCAUCAGCUCAAAGUCCUGAUGCUCCAAAAUAAUCAGCUGAAGACUGUUCCCAGUGCAGCCCUGAAGAACCUUCACUCUCUCCAGUCUCUUCGCCUCGAUGCGAACCACAUCACCACAGUUCCUGACGACAGCUUCGAAGGCCUCCAGCAGCUGCGUCACCUCUGGUUGGACGACAACAACCUGACGGAGGUCCCCGUUGGCUCUCUGAGGCACCAAGCCAACCUGCAGGCUCUGACGCUGGCGCUCAACCGCAUCUCGUACAUACGAGACAACGCCUUCGCAAACCUCACCAGUCUAGUCGUGCUACAUCUCCAUAACAACAGAAUUAAGGAGAUAGGAGACAACUGUUUUGGUGGACUUGUGAACCUGGAGACGCUAGAUCUAAACUUCAACAACCUGAUGGUUUUUCCCAAAGCGAUCGAGGCUCUGCCCAAACUCAAGGAACUCGGGUUUCACAGCAACGAUAUUGCUUCCAUACCUGAAGGGGCCUUCCAUAACAACCCCCUGCUGCGAACCAUACAUCUCUAUGACAACCCUCUGUCCUUCGUGGGAGCUACGGCUUUCCAGAAUCUGUCAGACCUGCACUCCCUGAUGCUGCGUGGGGCCAGCAUGAUGCAGGACUUCCCCAUCCUAACGUGGACGAAUAACCUUGAGAGUCUGACGCUGUCGGGAACCAAGAUAUCGUCUAUUCCCACUAAUCUGUGCGAGGACCUCAAGCUGCUGAGGACGCUAGACCUGUCCUACAACGAGAUCACGGAGCUGCCGUCCCUUCAGGGCUGCGUCCGGCUGCAGGAGAUAAGCUUUCAGCAUAACCAUAUUCAACAAAUCGACAGGGACACUUUCCAAGGUCUCACUGCUCUCCGUUUACUAGACCUGAGCAGAAAUGAAAUCCGAGUUAUCCACAGAGACGCUUUCCUCUCCCUCACCUCUCUCACCAACCUAGAUCUGAGUAUGAACGCUCUGACUGUGAUUCCAACCACUGGACUGAGCGCGCUCAGUCAGUUGAAGCUGUCGGGGAACCCACAGAUGAAAAAUGUGCUGACUGCAAGAAACCUGCCCAAACUCAGGUCCAUCUCGGUCCCGUACGCCUACCAGUGCUGUGCGUUCGUUGGAUGUGACUCAGUGACGAGUUCUUCUGAGGAAAAUGACGUAAAGAAAUCUACAGGCGGGGAGGAAGUGGAAAGAAUCUCAAUGAUUAUGCACUGCUCUCCUUCACCAGGAGCCUUCAAGCCUUGUGAGCACUUGCUGGGGAACUGGAUGAUCCGUCUGACGGUCUGGUUCAUCUGCCUGGUGUCGCUGGUCUUCAACAGUCUGGUGCUGGUGGCGACCUUCUCCCCGUCACACCGAGCCUCAGGCCACUCCCACUCCUUCAGCCCGUCUCUCUCCCCGGCCCGGCUGCUGAUGGGGCUGCUGGCCCUCGCCAACCUGCUCACCGGCCUCUACGUCGGCGUGCUGACCGUGCUCGACGUCGCCACCUGGGGCUCCUUCGCUGAGUUCGGCGUGUGGUGGGAGAUGGGGCCGGGCUGCCAGGUCACCGGAGCUCUGGCCGUCUUCUCGUCAGAGUGGGCGGUCCUGUUGCUGUCGCUGGCGGCCGUGGAGCGCAGCAUGGCCGUGCGGACGAUCCUCGGGAAGGUCAUGAUGUCGCCCAGGAGGAACGGCGGCGGCCAUCGCGGCUGCUGGAGAGGAGAUCGGCGCUUCGGCCUGGCGGCGGGCCUCCUGGGCCUGCUGGCGGCAGCCGGAGCCUGCCUGCCUCUCCUGAUCUCCAGCGACCAGUCGGCCUCGCCGCUCUGCCUGCCCUUCGCCGGCGGGGAGAGUCCCGCUCUGAUCGUUACGGUCGUUCUGGUGCUGCUCAACGCGCUGGCGUACCUGUUCACCGCAGCCGUGUACACGCAGCUCUACUGCCACCUGGGGCGGGUGGAGCUGGCCGACCCGGAGCAGACCGGCGCCCUGCGACACGUCGCCUGGCUCAUCUUCACCAACUGCAUCUUCUUCUGCCCCGUGGCGGCGUUCUCCUUCGCCCCUCUCCUGACCGGCUCCACGGCCGGCGGCCCGGAGAUCGCCAAGUCCGUCACCCUCAUUUUCUUCCCGCUGCCCGCGUGCCUGAACCCGGUGCUGUACGUGUUCUUCAGCCCCGCCUUCAGGGAGGACUGGCUGAGGCUGCGUGGCCGCGGAGGGCUGACCAGGGAGGUGAAGGCCGGCGCCGAAAGCCACGGAGACGACGGCGGCGGAGGCUCCGAGCUCACGGACGGCGGCUCCUCCACCCAGCUGGGCUUUGACUGCGGGGUGUACUCGCAGCUCUGUGGAGAGACGGUUGUGUGCGAGCAGUGCGAGGCGGCGCUGCACGCCAGGACCUGCUCCUCGCCCUCGUCCUCCUCAGUCUGCAGACACUUGGUGAAGUCUCACAGCUGUCCCACCCUCCUGGCGGGAGCUGUGAUGUGCCAGCGCGCCGAGGGCUUUUGGGCAGACAGCGGCACGCCGUCCGCUCAGUCGGAGUACGCGGACGAGGGGGACUCGUUCGUGUCGGACAGUUCGGACCAGGUCCAGGCCUGUGGCAGAGCCUGCUUCUGUCAGAGCAGAGGCCUCCCUCUGGUCCACUACUCAUACAACAUACCUCGGGUCAAGGACUAAAGGACUCCAGAGCUCCGCUACGUCUGUGUGCACAGAUCUCUCUGUCAUGUGAAUUUAGAGAAUAUAUAAACGUUUUUAUAUCAACACAACAAAAUGUGCCAACUACCCUGCUAAAAAGACGAUUCAGCAAGCACUUACCUUUUGUAAUUACUGUGUAAACAGAGAUGCAACCAAUCAUUUAAAGGGAACUUGGUAUGCUUUUUGAACUGAGCUGAACUCAGCACAUCACGCUACAAACUGGUCGACACAGGAUCUCGACAGAAUCUUGCCACCAGUGCCUGCCUUUCGCUUUCGGUUGGAUCUCACGAUGUUGCGAGCUUCGAUGUCUGUGUCAAAGAUUUUUUUUGUGAUUUCUCUGUUUUACCUGUUCUUAUAAGCUUUUUUUCAAUUUUAAUUGUUACACAUCUUGUCAAUUUUUAAAGCUUCUCCACAGCAACUGUUGAUUUUAUACUUUGAUUUUUUUUUUUUUUUUUUUUUUUUUUUACAUAAAUGUAGCAAAUGUAAUAAUAAUCCUAGACUUUUCUGUGUGAAUGUAACUUUCAGGUGUUUUUUUCACCUACCAGAGGGGGAUAAUAUAACAUCAGCAAUAACUUCUGCCCUGCCUGCCUGUGAUCAGUGUGAGAAUGGUAUCAGUGAAUGCCAGUCUAAAAUAAACACGUCUUUGCUUUAAGUUACUAAGACUAAGAAUGUGAUAAAAGUAGCAGAUAUCACUGUUAAAGCAACAGCUAUGCUUGGUGGUGGUGAAAGAUGUUAUUUAUUGUUUGAGCAGCAGGAGGGCGGAGGCGUUUCAGGUGGCCUUUGAAUGAUGAAUAUACAAUAUAACCCAAGUAUUCACCAAAACAUCAGCACUUCUCUUCAAUUCUUCACCAAAAACUAGUGCAAGCAUACAGUUUAAGGUCCUUUUUGUCAUUAGUCUGAAGGAUUAUUCCAGUUAUUUUUAAAUCUGGGCCUUAUUUUCUGAUUUAUUUCUGCCAUCAUGCUGUUUGAUUUUAUUUUUCUUAACUGCAGAGCUGCUUAUUGUAUUUGUCACUGAGCCAAGAGACACAUGGAACCCAACAAACAUUUCCUUUUCAGUUCACUAACGCUAAAGGAAUGAAAUGAGACCUGCUUUUAUCUGGUGUUCAGUUUAUUUCUGGCCGUCAGAACAAGUGUUGAUUCAUUAUUCUGUUAAAUACAGUGUUAAAUUAGCAAAAACUGUUUCCUGUAGAUAAAAAAAAAAACUACCCAUUAAUUUUAAAAAGUCAACUAAAGGAAUCAUUUUAGGAAAUCCAUGUAUUGGCUGUCCUGCUGACAUUAAUGUGAAAAAAUCAAUACCACUCAUCACAUAUCUGUAUGCUAAAUAUGAAGCUAAAGCCAGCAGCUAGUUAGCUUAGCUUAUCUUAGCGUGAAGAUCUUCUAGACUGUUUAAUCUCUUCCCAAACGAAAUUAUUAAACAGAUUGGAUACAUUGGUGAGCUUUAUAUGUGCUAGUAUUUUAUUUUCAGACAGAUUAAAACUUGCUGUUUCGCCCAGUUUCUUGACUUUGUUCUGAGAAAAGCGAAUCUAACUUGCUAAUAGCUUUAGCUCCAUAUUUAGCAUACAGGUAUGAGGAGCGGUAUCACUUUUCUGAUGGGCCUGAAGAGAAUAUUUUCCCAAACGUCACAAAAAAAAAGUUUUAAAAAGUGUACUGUAGAGACAUUAAGAUUUACAUUCCCCCUUUAAACCUCCAGUUUAGUCUUUUUGUUUUCCAGUUAACAGAGUCACCCGUAUUCCAACUAAGAGUCAAAGAAACUGUGCCAUUAUUACAAAAAAAAAAAAAAACUUCUUUAUCUUAUUUCGGUAGCCAACAAGCAACAAAAAAGCUAAAUCAACUGUAGUUACACAAGUUGAAGUUUUGAGGAAUAGCUGACGUACUUUUCUGAUUGAUUCGAAACAUAUCAUUAAACAGUAUUUGGCUUGUGAGCGACAAGUUAAACACGUGAAAACCGUCCAAGUCAAACACGUGAGUGUAAUCCCACUUUUCCACUUCUUCCGACAUGAAGUGAACGCAGCACAAGACUGGCAGCCAGCUGAGUCAACAAGAAAGCGUGUGAGCAGCAGUGCCAGAAAUUAUAAAAUGGACUAUUAUAAUUGAAAUGUGGGUGAUUAUUAUUCAACCACAGAUAUUUAAAGACGUGUAUCUGCAGCGUGGAUCUUUGCAGCUCUGCGGUGAAGUAAAUGGCAACAUUUGAUGGUAUAAAAAUGAGAAAAUAAGGGUCUGUGGUGAAAAUAAGAGGAUUUAUCUUUAAAAUAAUCCACUUCCUGCAGUGUUUUUCCAUUAUACACACUUACUGUAUGUUCAUGUCAGGUCAUCAGAAGAGCAUUAUUUUUAGAGUCAAGUUUAGAUGUCAUUUAACCCUGAGAGCUGACCUGAGUGAGACUGUGUGUGAUGAGGGAUUGACUGAUGUUUGGUGUGCUGGAGCGUGACUGUACACAUUAAAGGUGGACACACCCUCGGAGCGUGUAUCCACAAGUGCACGUCAUGUGAGUGCUCAGGAAUUUAGGCAAUGUAGGGAAACGUUUUCCUUCCACCAAUUAGAAGAUCCUUGUGUCCUUAUGAUAAAUGCACCAUUUGAAUCUGAUUUUUAUUCUCUGUUUUUUCGACCGGGUGUGUAAAUUCUUGCACCAACCAAAAUGUCCGUUGAUUGUUGAGGUGUCCCAUCUGGUGAAAAUGUACAAAUCUUUUAGUAGGUUGGUUCUUGUUUUUGUUUUUUUUAGUAUUUGUAUGUAAAUUAUUUGACACGAAAACAAGUAAUCAAGAAUGGGAUGCUAACUAAGGAAGCUACCUCCUCGACUGUAGUGGCUACCAGCAGUGCUUUGUAAAAGAAAAGUCUGUUUUCUUCUGUUGUUAUCUUUUUUUUUUUUUUUUUUUUUUUGCAUUCUUAGCUUUAUGUUGACAUGUGGUUGUACAUCAUAAUUUUAGAUAAGUGCAAAUUGUGGGAGGAAUCUAUGUACUGUAUACUGUGAUUUAUUUUUUUUAACCAAACUAUAAACUAUGAAAUUAUUUUUUUUUUGUUUGCUUUAUCUUUUAUAGAUAAAAAAAACUUGCAGAAUAAUACAGGUUAUUAAAAAAGAAUCUCACUUAAUUUCAGUUCAAAUUAAAAUCUUAUUUGUAGUUUUUACCAUGUGAGAUCUCCCCGAGUUGUUUUUAUUCUGUUCAAGUAGAAAAAUAAUUCUAUAAAAUUGUGAAAUAAUAAAAUUGGAAGAACACAGCUA